CUUGGACACCUGUCAUUUCCUUAGGCUUCCACUCCAACUUGGCCCCUCCUUUUUAGUUCUUCUCCAACACCAUUUGCUCACUAGCUUCCUCGCUUCAACAUUUUCUUAGUUUGGUAUCAAUCCGAUCGCCAACAAGCUUCUCACAACAUGAAGAUUUUCAAUUGGGUGCAAAGGAGGUUUCAUCAUGGUGCCCUUAAAGAUGGGUUAGCCAGAAAUGUCAAAAAGGCUGAAUCUAUUACAAGUGGAGCUGACAAGCAAGCAUUGCUGAAACAAGUAGCCUUGGUCGAUGUGCUUGAUGGCUGGAAAGGUGGCAUUUUGACAAUUGGCACAUUAGGGCUUGACCCUUUGAAACCCUUUAAUCAACAGCAUGAAUAUUUGGUUCUGGAAACUGAAGGAGGAGAAGAAGACGAUGGUGAUGAUUAUAAUGACGAUGAAGAGGAACAGGAGGAAUAUUCUGUCCAUAGUGAUGAGGAAGACAGCAAUGUUGAUGAAGAUGAAGAUGAAAAAGAAGAAGAGAACCCUUUAAUAUUUACAAGAUUUCAACACAACUUUGAAGAGCUUACAUCAUCUUUUGGUGCUAAUGCUGCGAAAUCUGAAGAUAUAAUGAUCAUUGAUCCAACGGAGACCAAAUCAAAUAUCCAUGACAAUGAUCAAAGAAAAAGGAAAGGGGAACGAAUAACGCUGGCAGAACUGUUCUUGGCAGAUUCUGACGUGAAAAAAAAGCCGGAAUCUUUUGAAGUGGAGCCGGACUCAGGUAAAAAGCCAGCUUUUCGUGGGAAGAAUGGUCUAUCCUUUGCCAAGAAGCUGAUACCUAAUGUUGGAGAGGAUUCACGUCCAAUCAAGAAAUUUCACCAAUUGAUGAGGAGGAUGUUGAAGAGAAAAAUCCAUCCAGAACUUGAAGGAAAGACCCAGAAAACAGACAAUCAAAACAAGAUUGCGAUAAUGGAAGUUGGAAUUAGCAAGGGAAUUGCAGCCGAUGAAUCAAUUUCGCUGCUUCCAACUCCCCCAAGGUCCUACCAAUAUGAGCUUUGAGUGAUGACCUAAUUUGAUAGAAAUUAAUGUAUCCAAGUAUUUGUUAGUAAUGAUUUAAUUUAUGUGGACGAUGUUAAUGGAGUUGUCAUGUAUGUGUGUCAUUGAAGCAUGUGAUUCUAUUAUGUAAGCUUUUGGAUUUCGUCAAUGUUGGAUGUUUGUUUGUCAAAACAUUAACAGGGUUUUGAUUUGUUUUAUUGUUUCA